GGAGGCGAAGGAGGAGGAAGUGGCAGCCGGGCUGGCUCUGGGACGGACGGACAGACCGAGCGACCGAACGAAAGGAAGGACGGACGGACCGCCCUGGGCCAGGGCGCGCCCUUCCCUGCUCUCCCCGGCCAGGCCCUCCACCAGGCGGCCCGCCUCCGCCCCCUCCCCCGCCCCCAGCCCCUGCCCGUCUGGCCAUCCCAGCGCCCGCCCCGAGGAGUUCUACGCGCGCUCGCGCGGCCCGAAGCCUAGCCAGCCAGGAUGGAGUUCGUGGUGAACUUUUACCAGGAGGUGAUGAAGAGAGCAGACCCCAGGCUCCAGGGCUAUCCCCUGAUGGACACUCCGCUGCUCAUGACCUCCAUCCUCAUCGCCUAUGUGUACUUCGUUCUGUCCCUGGGGCCUCGGCUGAUGGCCAAUCGCAAACCGUUCCAGCUCCGAGGCUUCAUGGUCAUCUACAACUUCUCCCUCGUGGCUCUGUCCCUCUACAUCGUGUAUGAGUUCCUGAUGUCUGGCUGGCUAAGCACCUACACAUGGCAAUGUGACCCUGUGGACUAUUCUCAGAACCCCGAGGCCCUUCGGAUGGUUCGAGUGGCUUGGCUUUUUCUUUUCUCAAAGUUCAUUGAGUUGAUGGACACGGUAAUCUUCAUUCUUCGAAAGAAGGACGGCCAGGUGACUUUCUUGCAUGUCUUCCAUCAUUCGGUGCUGCCCUGGAGCUGGUGGUGGGGCAUUAAGGUGGCCCCAGGAGGAAUGGGCUCCUUCCAUGCCAUGGUGAACUCCUCCGUCCAUGUGAUCAUGUACCUGUACUAUGGGCUGUCUGCUUUAGGCCCAGCCGCCCAGCCCUAUCUCUGGUGGAAGAAGCACAUGACAGCCAUCCAGCUGAUCCAGUUUGUGCUGGUCUCCUUGCACAUCUCUCAGUAUUACUUCCUGCCCAGCUGUGACUACCAGUACCCUGUGAUCAUUCACCUCAUCUGGAUGUACGGCACCAUCUUCUUUGUGCUCUUCUCCAACUUCUGGUAUCAUUCCUAUACGAAGGGCAAGCGGCUGCCCAGGGCUGCCCAGCAGAAUGGGGUGCCCAAAGUCAAGGCGAACUGAGCCAGGCUGGUCUCACCUGGGCCCUCGCCCACCACCUAAGUGCCUCAGGGCUGCGCCGAGGGCAGCCAUUCCAUUUGGGCAGGGGGUCUUGCCUAUCCACAAUUGGCAUCUCGGUCUCUGCUGGUGGGUCACAGGACCUGGCUAGUGCAGGAGGACUGAGCCGGACCCUCCCCUCUUCCCACGAGCUGGCACACAGGGACCACAAGCACCCCCUCUCCCAGUACCUUACCCCUAACCACAGGGGCUCCCUUGCCCUCUGCCACAGCACAGCCCUGGGGGUGGGGGUGCAGCUUGAGCUGGACAUGCCCCCUUCCCCCCCACCCUGGGCCAGCUUGUCUGUCUGGGGAAAGGGAAUACUCAGGGCUGGCCCCAACCACAGGCCUGUGGCCUUUUAACUUUUCUCACACUGAAGAGGUCAGCAAUAAUCUUCCCCUGGUCACCGGGGACUUGGUUCUCACCCCACACAUGCCCUAAAGUUGGAGGGGCUCGGGGUUGGGAGAACACGGCCCACAGGGGCUGCUCACUCACAUGUGUCUUAAUUAAAGUGACAGGAAACAUCA